AUGGCUACGUUCAAGAUUGCCGUAGCUUCCAUAGUAACUGGACUCUUUAUCAUUCGCAAUUCCGUGAGAGCGGACUUCGAUCCGAGCAAAUACGACCCCAUUUGCAACGGUGAAACAUUUGAAUAUGGAAGUCUCUUCCAUCAGCAUCUGACUCAGGUGUUCCAAGAUUUAGCAGCUGCCACAGAUGCACGUUAUGACUACUACACGUCUGCAGGAACAACCGAAACAGUGUAUGGCCAUGGAGCUUGUGUUGCAGGAUACAGUGAACGCCAAUGCUAUUCGUGCAUGGUUGGUGCGAUCAACCCUUUAAUGGAUGACUGCCCCUUCAACGCAGGAGCUCAGCUGCGGUACGGAGAAGAUUGCAGAAUCAGCAUAGAGAAGUACACCGUCGCAGACUUCUACGCGAUCCGUAGGGAACUGAUGCUGGAGCGUUUGAAGGCUAACAUAGGUGACUAUUACGACCUAUAUGCAAACUCGUCUGACGAUUCUGUUGUUCCCAAUCCGGACCAUUGCUUUGGCCAUGGCAGCUGCAAUCCAAGGAUCGCGAAAGAAGAGUGCUCGGAGUGCAUAAAUUUCACCAUAUCAAGGAUGAGCAAGGACUGUAUCCUUUCUGUCGGGGUUCAACACCAGAUGAAAGACUGUAGAGUUCGGUAUGAGAAGCACCCAUUUCAUGAAUAG